AUGGCCGAAGAUUCAGAACUAUGUGACAUCAUCUGUGAUGGUCCACAUGUUCCUAUGAAGAAGCUUGGAGAAACUGGACCAAUGGUGCCGAAAGACAGAAAGGAGUACACCGAUAUUGACAGAAAAGCCGUAGAAAAUAACUAUCGCGCCAAGAAAAUCUUUGUAUGUGGUAUAGGACCUGAUGAGUACAACAAAAUCUCAACUUGUGAUUUUGCCAAAGAAAUAUGGGAAGCAUUGCCGGCACACGAAGGAACCACUCAGGUUAAACAGUCUAAGAUUGACAUUCUCACCACUGAGUAUGAGCUCUUCAGGAUGAAAGAUGAUGAGUCUAUACAGGAUUUGCAUACUAGAUUCACAUCUAUCAUAAAUGAGUUUCAUUCACUUAGAGAUGUUAUUUCCAGAAAUAAACUUGUAAGGAAAAUUCUCAGUGUUCUACCUAGUUCUUGGAAGAGUAAG